GGCUCGGCUGUCACCCACCUGUCACCUAAUAUUUUUGAGGUUAUUUUUAAAGUCGAACUAAGGAAGUAAAUAGAAAAUAUUUAAAAAAUUAGAACAAAACAAAAGGUUCCUAUUGAGUGAGAGGGAAGUCUGCAUUUCCGGAGAGGUUCACAUCAAUUCAAGAAUUUAUGCGAGCCAAUAAGUAAAAUUGUGAUUUACGAUAAACACCACCCUCAUCAUGUCACAACGCACCCUCACCUUCGUGACGGGCAACGCUAAGAAACUCGAAGAGCUGAAGGCAAUAUUAGGUAACACUUUCCCUUUACAAAUUGUCAAUCACAAAGUGGACCUGCCAGAGUUACAAGGAGACAUCAAUGAAGUGUCCAUUAAAAAGUGCCAAGAGGCAGCUCGGCAGCUGAAGAGACCCGUGUUAAUAGAAGAUACGUCUUUAUGUUUUAAUGCCUUAAAGGGACUGCCUGGACCUUACAUCAAAUGGUUCCUUGAAAAACUAGGACCGGAAGGACUGCCUAAGCUAAUUAGUGCCUGGGAUGACAAGUCAGCUGAGGCUGUAUGCACCUUUGCAUAUUGCGAGGGUGACUGUGAGGACUCACAAGUAAUCCUAUUCCAAGGAAUCACCAAAGGACAAAUUGUAGAACCGAGGGGACCUAGGGACUUUGGAUGGGACCCUGUCUUUCUACCUGAAAGUUAUGACAAAACAUAUGCAGAACUACCAAAGGAAGAGAAAAAUAAAAUUUCUCAUAGAUAUAAAGCUUUAGACAAACUUAGAAAGUAUUUUAAUGAAAAAUGCUCUGCAACUGUUUAGUUAUGUUGCAAAAUUUUAUGUAAUUUUGUUGUAAUAACCUAAUAGAAAGUUAAAU